AUGGAGCAGCAGCUGCAGCAACUGGUCGAUCAAGUUCAGAGGCUGACGACGGAGAGUCAGAACAUGAGACAGGAACUUCAGAACAGAGACGUGACGAUCGCAGAGAUGCGAGGUCAGCUUCAAGCUCAGCAACAGGCUCAGCAGCAGCGGGUAGCCCCGCGCGGCGAGAUGAUGGAUCCGAAGAUUCUUCACAAGGUGAAGCCGUUCGACGGCCACAGGGCGAGUUGGAAGACGUUCAGUUUCCAGUACAGAGCGUACCUGAUCGCCCAGGAUCGAAGGUACCGAGAUCUUCUGGAAAGGUGCGAGGACGGAGCCCAGGAGGUGGACAACGUCAACCUGGACGCGCAGGAGGAAGAGCUAAGCACGCAGUUGUACUACGGCCUGGUCCUGGCGAUGCCCGAGGACUCAGUAGGCGAGCUGAUCGUGAGGAACAGCCCAGUAGGAGAAGGAGCCGAGUGUUGGAGGAAACUUCAGAAGGAGUACAACCCGAGCGAGGCAGGAAACGUGCUGGCGAUGUGGACCAAGCUCACGGACACGAAGUUCGACGCCAAAGAAGACGUGAUGGUGAGCAUCAGCAAGCUGGACGAGGACAUGACAAGGUACCAGAAGAUGGCAGGAGAACCAGUCUCGGACCUGAUCAAGCGAGGCAUCCUUACAAAGGCGCUGAAGGAUCACGACGAGCUGCAGAAGCACGUGUUUCGGAACAGCAGUCGCCUAAGUACGUACGAGCUCCUGAGAGCCGAGGUGGUGUCGGCGUUGAUGGCAGAGCGAGCGGUUCAGGACGACCCGAUGGAGAUAGGCGCGCUGAAGGGCGGAAAGAGACCGUGGAAAGGCCGCGGCAAAGGGAAAGACGGCAAGGGCAAGGAGAGGCCACCGAAUCCCGACGCCGAGAUCGAGUGCCACUACUGUCACAAGAAGGGCCACCGCAGCGCAAACUGCCGAAAGCGGAUCGCCGACGAGAAGAAUACAUCCGAGAAGGACAAGAAGGACAAGAAGCAGCUCCGUCUCAAGAAGCGCAGCCACACGAUCGACUGGAAGUACUGCUUGCCUAGCUACCACCAAUAUGUCUGCUGCUCUUGCAAGAAGACCUUUGAAGGAUGGCGAUGGCACUUCGAUCAGUGGAAGCUGGACUACUGUGCCGCGUGUGCCGAGUACUGCCUGGACAACUGGUUCAAGGACGAGGAAGAGCCAGACGACAACGAGAAGCAUGUCACCGUCGCUGGUCUUCGGCCCGUGGAUGAAGAUCAGAGCCCUGCAGAUGACCGAUUGCGGUUAGCCCCGCUUCGGAAUGCGAUCAUGCUCGACUCAGGUGCGCAGAUCAGUGCGAUACCGAGAUCACAGGUGACCAAGCAUAACUACACGCCGACGGACAGCAACGUUGUCGGCUUGAAGGGCAUAGGAGGCGAGGAGAUCGAGAGGUACGGCCACGUGGAGCUGAACCUAUCCCGAGGUCACUGGAUCAUCAACGGCACCGUCGAGCCACCUGACGGAACUGAGUUCGUGCCUCUACGGCGUCACCAAGGCAACUACUACAUAGAGUACGAUCACAUCAUCGACGGCCAGACUCAACCAGAAGCUUCAAAGGAACCAGCUGAUGAGAACAAGAUCCCGAAGGUCAUGUUCGACAUCUUUUACGUAGGGACGGACCAGCUGGCUGCGAAGUACAAGCUUAAAGGAGGUUACUUCAGCAUCAGGGAGAAGAUGUCGGUCACGAAGGCCGAGCUAGACCAAGCGGUCUCUGUCUUGAAUGUUAUCGACUGUAAGAUCUUGGCUCAGGCGACGUUGUACGCGAACAAGGAGACGGAUGACUACAAGGUGUCCUUCCUGCUAGGCGUGCUGGAAGCUUGGGGCCACACAACAGUCAUACUUCAGACAGACCAGGAGCCUGCCACCAUGGCUCUGGCGCAGGCAGUUCGAGAUCGCAGAUCACACUCAACCUUGGUGCGGGGAUCACCGCCCUUUUCUAAGCAAAGUGCAGGCUACGCUGAAGGAGCUAACAAGCUAGCAGCUGGUCUACUUCGAGCCUACAAGCUGAAGCUGGAGCACAAGCUGGGCUGUGAGAUCAAGAUGACGGAUCCGAUCGUGCCAUGGCUUGUGAACUCAGUGGGGUGGAUGAUUACCAGAUUCCAGCCUCGCAGUCACGGAGGUUCCUCCUACAAGAUGCUCUACGGCAAAGAGUACAACGGCGAGAUUGCGGAGAUGGGUGAGCAGGUCUGGUAUCGGAUCUCAGCCAGAGUUGCCGCGGGACGUGGCAAAUGGGAAGCCCGCUUCGCAAAAGGAAUCUGGGUUGGUAAGAGUGAGCUGGACGAUACACAUCUCGUGAUCGAUCCUGAACGUGGAGUGCAGAAGGUCAGAACGGUGCGAAGGAUGCCUGAGGAGUUCAGAUGGCAGCCCGAGCUCAUCCAGCACAUCAGGGUGACGCCCUGGAAGCAGACGCCCGACAAGAGUUCAGGAACGAUCGGACGCAGCAUGUACAUCACGGAGCGCAUGAUCGAUGCUCAUGGUCCUACUGACGAGUGCAGGAAGUGCAGUACAGGAUACGGUUCGCAUUCGGCAGCCUGCCGACAGCGUUUCGAGACCAUUCAGGCCGACUUGCUGCGCGAGAAGUUGGCAAAGGACCCUGUGGCCCCUGAGGCUACAGUCGUGGUGCCAGCACCG